GCCUGGGCGUGGCUGGAGAUAAUAAUUUCUUUUCUAGCUUCGUGUGUUGCUUAGGCCAAAACCUGGUCAAGGGGGGGAUGGAACGGUCCAUGGGAUCAUCGCGAUGAAUGACACUGGGUCCGAUAUCUUGUCGCUUUUUCAUACAGAUCUACCGUAUCUUGGGAACUUCCAAGGUUAUUCGGGCUGGCUUGGAAAUAUUGGCAUUCGUUUUGCGAAUGGGGGAAUGGGCAUGUAUCCGGCAAUCCUUGUGGAGGUCCAGCUAGUGAGGGAUGACAAUUCUCCAUGGUCCGAUUGGAUUGAAGAGCCAGCGAUAGUUCAGCCACUACUUCCGAGUGUAUAUCUGUCAACCGGGAGGGAUCGGACAGAGGAUAAUGACUUGAUUGAAGUGAAAAGAAGGGUAACUAGCUACUCUAUAUAGACUCAAAAGGAGUGCUAAUAACGGGGACAGGCGCGAUAUCCCUUGAAUAUUGACAACAGGGGCCAACAGAACCAACAGAGACUAUUGAACGCGGGAAUAUCAAUCACUGUAUAUCAAUCACUGUAUAUCAAUCACUGUAUAUCAAUCACUGUAUAUCA